CUUACUUGCCUUGCUUCUCUGUGAGCUGAACACCGUUUACACCCUUUCCGAAUUCCGAGCUACAAAAAUUUCAAAAAAUUCCUGCAGAAAACCAAGAACAAGGAAGAACAACGACACUGAAGAAAUGGGUUGGGGAGUUUUUCUCAAGCUUGUCGCAAAAUUCUUCGGUUUUCUCUCCUGGCCUUCAUUCACUAUGCUUUUUCCUCUGUAUGUUUCGGUUCGGGUAAUAGAGAGUGGUUCCAUCUCCAAAAAUCAGCAAUGUCUCAGUUAUUGGGUCCUGUUUUCUUUGAUUAAUAUCUUGGAGUGGUUGCUUGCAAAGCUUUUUGAAUGGCUUCCAUUCUGGUCUUAUGCAAAGGGUAUGGCAACUGUUUUAUUGGUGAUACCUUACUUUGGCGGUGCUUCUUAUGUCUACAAGCACUUCAUAAGGCCCUAUAUUUCUGAGAGUUCCCAUGCACUGAACUCAGCAGAGACUCAGCAGAGCAACUUUCUAGAUGUGACUGAGAGAAAUAUUAUCGAAAACAAACUGAAAGGGAAGGAGGAAGAAUUCUUAAGUUGUCAGGAAACAUUGGCGGCCAAUUACGGCAGUACAGAAAUAAAUGUUACUCGGCCAACCAGUCCAAAGAAAGUUCAGAAGGAAUGGAGCUGUGCUCUUUGCCUGGUUAGCACUACAAGUAAAAAUUGUUUAGAAACACACCUCCAAGGUAAGAAGCACAAGGCUAAGAAAGAAGAACUAAGAAUAGAGAAAUUAAUUAAGAAUGCAAGCAAGUCUUCUGUUAUGCUAAAAAAAAGCAAUGGGAUGGUUUUUGUCCAGAUGAACCUUGAAAAAUUGAGCAAUCUUCUUAGUCCAGUUGCUGGAUCAAUUAGAUGGUGUAGAUGGCAAAAGCCAAAGUUUGGAUGGACAAAAUUAAAUACUGAUGGAUCUGUAGAUCGAGAAAACGCCGGUUUUGGUGGAUUACUUCGAGAUUAUAGGGGCGACCCGAUAUGUGCUUUCGUCUCUAAAGCACCCGUAGACGAUACUUUCUUGGUUGAACUAUGGGCUGUAUGGAGAGGCCUUGUUCUUGCUUUAGGUCUUGGAAUUAAAGUAAUAUGGGUCGAGUCUGAUUCACUUAGUGUUGUGAAAACCAUUAAUAAGAAGCAGCCUUUUAGUCCAAAGGCUGCUAGCUGUCUGUAUCAUAUUUGGGAACUCCUAAAGAAGUUUGAAAAGUAUAAGAUUUCUCAUUCAUGGCGCGAAACUAACAGAGCAGCUGAUCAUCUUUCAAAGAUGGCUGUUUUGGGGAGUGACAUGGUUUUCUGGCCUAGUGAUUUUCCAAAGAGCCUUGGCAAUAUCAUUAAGGACGACGCCGAAGGAAAAAUCUACUGCAGACGGUAAGUUCUGAUUUUGUCUAGCCUCAGACUACAUCCAAAUCCUCCCCUUUAACUCAUUAGGGCAAAAACUUGUGGCAUCCAUAAUUGGAGGUGAGGGAGAAGUUGUAAACUGGUAACCUAGCUUAUGAUCGCACAAUUCUUGUAUUUUGGACAUGGGACAGUGAUGACAUAGAUGAGAGCAUACUCUGGGAGUAUAAGAUUAAUGGCCUAGUGACAUUAAAUAUUAGAGGUGUAGAAAAUAUUCUAACAGGAACUGCUUUCUGGUUCAGACAAAUGAACUUGUGAACUGCAUCUGUGAGUCUGUGACCAGCAAAGCUGUAAAUAAAUUGUAACUUUUUGCUUCGAAAUAUGAAUCAUAAUUU